AUGGAUCCCUCACAGCGCGUCGUCAUCAUCGGGGCCGGCAUCGUCGGUACCAACAUCGCCGACGAGCUGGUCUCGCGGGGGUGGUCCAACAUCACCGUGGUCGAGCAGGGGCCGCUGGCAAUGCCGGGCGGCUCAACAUCCCACGCCCCCGGUCUCGUGUUCCAGACCACCGGUUCCAAGACCAUGAGCGCCUUUGCCAAAUACACGGUGCAGAAGCUGCUCUCCAUAGAUUGCUUCAACCAGGUCGGUGGCCUCGAAGUGGCAGAAACACCAGAGAGGCUCGAGGAACUUAAGCGGAAACACGGAUACGCCUCCUCCUGGGGCAUCGGGGCCCGUCUGCUCACCGCCGACGAGGUCAAGGAUAUCUACCCCCUCAUCAGCACAGACGUGGUCCUCGGCGGCCUGCACAUCCCGACCGACGGUCUGGCAUUGGCCGCCCGCGCAGUCCAGGUUCUCAUCGAGCGAACCCGGAAAGCCGGCGUCCGGUAUCGUGAGCACACCCCGGUCACGGGCAUCGCGCGGAGCGAGGGCCGCGUCACGGGCGUCGAGACCAAGGACGGUACUAUCCCCGCCGAUCUCGUCCUCUCCUGCGCCGGCUUCUGGGGCGUCGAGGUCGGCGCCAUGAUCGGCUUGCCGAUUCCGCUGCUGCCCGUCGGUCACCAAUACGCAAAGACGGCCCCCGUGCCGGCGCAGAAGAAGAAGGAGGGGAAGAAGCUCGAGGCGAAUGGCGCGCAACUCCCCAUCCUCCGCCACCAGGAUCGGGAUCUCUACUAUCGCGAGCACGGCGAGCAGUAUGGCAUUGGCUACUACGGCCACCGUCCCCUUCCCGUGGUCGCCGCCUCACUCGGCGAGACGCCCAAGCAUGUCGAUGAGCACAACAUGCCAUCGCGUCUCGACUUCACGCCCGAGGAUUUCAAGCCGGCAUGGGAGCUCACCAAGAAGCUCCUCCCCGCGCUCGCCGACAGCGAAAUCGAGCAUGGCUUCAACGGCAUCAUGUCCUUUACGCCAGAUGGCGGUCCCCUGAUCGGCCGAGCACCCAACCUGGAAGGCUUCUACGUCGCCGAGGCAGUCUGGGUCACACACUCCGCCGGGGUGGCGCGCGCGGUAGCCCAGCUCCUCACCACCGGAAAGUCCGAGGUCGAUCUCGGCGAGUGCGACAUUGCGCGCUUCGAACAGGUCCAGCUGGCGCCCGAAUACGUAAAGGAAGUCUCGACGCAGAACUUUGUCGAGGUCUACGAUAUCCUGCACCCUCUCCAGCCGCGGACGUCACCGCGCAACCUCCGCGUGAGCCCGUUUCACACGCGCCAAAAGGAACUCGGCGCCUACUUCCUCGAGGCCGGCGGGUGGGAGCGUCCGCAGUGGUUCGAGGCCAACGCGGGGCUCGUCAGCCAGUUGCCCGCUGCGUGGAAGCCCAAGAAGCGCGAUGCGUGGUCUGCGAGGUAUUACUCCGACAUUGCUGCCGCGGAGGCGUGGAAGACGCGGACGGCGGCGGCAAUGUAUGACCUCACGCCCAUUCGCCGGUUAGAAGUGGCCGGUCCCGGAUCAGCCAGGCUUCUUCAGCGGCUGACUACGAGCAACGUCGAUAAGAAGCCGGGCAGUGUCACGUUUACCCUUCUUCUCGACGAGGAAGGCGGCGUGCUCAGCGAUAUCUUCGUGGCGAGGCUCCGUGACGACCUGUUCCAGCUUGCCGUCAACGGCCCCGUCGAUCUUGCUUACUUGGAGCGAGAAGCUCGCCUCCAGGUCAAGACAUCACCAGCGCAGUUUGUCCAGGUUCGCGAGACCACUGGAGGAACGAGUGGCAUCGGUCUCUGGGGACCCCGCGCCGCCGAUAUCGUUGCCGGUAUCAGCUCGGACAAUAUCAAGGACAUGCCUCAUUCUCACGUCAGGUCAGCCAUCAUUGCCGGUCUACCUGUCACCGUCGUGAGCCUGUCAUUCGUCGGCGAACCUGGCUGGGAGAUUUACACCAGUGCCGAAAACGGCCUGCGCUUGUGGGACACUCUCUGGCAGGCGGGCCAGCCUUAUGGAGUCAUCGCCGCAGGUCGCAGCGCGUUUAGUGCCCUGCGCCUCGAGACGGGAUUCAGGACGUAUGGCGCCGACGUGACUAGCGAGCACAACCCCUUCGAGGCCGGUCUUGAUUUCGCCGUCGAUGCCAGCAAGCAAGGUUACGUUGGCCAUGCCGCCAUCAAGCGACUCGCAAAGACAAACGUCGCCAAGCGCCUCCGUUGCCUCACAGUCAACGACGGGAGUUCCGUGGUUCUCGGAAAGGAGCCCGUGUUCCUUGGUGGCAAGGCCGUCGGUUACGUCACGAAUGCUGCGUUUGGCUACACUAUCGGAAAGCCCAUUGCCUACACCUAUCUGCCCAGCAGUGUCAAGGAGGGCGACGUCGUUGAGAUUGAGUACUUUGGAAAGAGGAUUGAGGCGACUGUGACAGCAGAACCGCUGCGUAAAGCGCCAGGGGGUGAGGCGACGGCGACUUCAUCACGGAAGCGGGUUGCGAUUAGGUCAAAGUUGUAA